AUGCUAUCGACUCACAACCCUAGCACCACUGCUUCUUACGAUAGAUCAGAGCCAAAGAUUACGGCUUUGCCUUCAUUUAGUGAGUUGCUCACAUCCAUACCACUCCCAACAGCCUUCAAACCAAGGAGUAAUAGCAAUGUAUCGACUACUUCGGUGAAUACAUCAGAUUCAAGCUCUUGCAUUGGUUUGUCGUCGAUGCCAGCUCCAUCAUCAACACAGCCGCAUCAACAGCAGAACCAGCACCAGCACCAGCACCAGCACCAGCAAUAUCGUCCAUCGCCGUAUUCUUACUAUAGUCAGCCGUCAAUACAGCAUAGGUUGCCCACACCACCUCCAAAUCAGUAUCAACAAACUACCCCAAAGCAAGUGCAAGAUCACCCACAACAGCAGCAGCAACAACAACAACAACAGCAGCAACCACAGUAUCAGUAUCAGUACCAAGUCAUAGGCUCCACUCGUACAGCAUUCAUUGCUCCACAGCCCGUUUCACAUCGGUCGUCUUAUAUUGAUCCACUCACGCCUGUAUCAGCUUCCAUAGAGACAAAAGUACGAUCUUCAUCCAUUAGUGAAAUCCCCAUCUCACCAGCAUUGGGUCCCUGCUCCAGCACGACAUCACCUUAUAAUCAACAGCAACAGCAGCAGCAACACCAUAACCACCAUCAAAUUAGCCCACUGCAAGCUUCAUCAACCAGAACGUCUUCAUCAGUGACAUCACCAAUAUUGGUUAACCAUGUGACCAAGGAUUCGCGUAGGAAACACGUUUGUAAAGUCUGUGCGAGAUCUUUCACAACAAGCGGUCAUUUGGCUAGACAUAAUCGUAUACAUACAGGUGAGCGUAAGCACAAAUGUCCAUGGCCUACAUGUGAUGCUAGAUUUGCUAGACAGGAUAAUUGCAUGCAACAUUACAAGACUCACACCAAUGGGAAGAAUAAGAGGUCGAGAAAGUAUAUCGGUCAUACUGGUUAUGGGGGAGCAUCAAUUGCCGGUGUUGGUGUCGAAGCACUUGGUGAUGUGCAAAGAAUGCAUCCUCACACAAUGCCAAUUCCACAAGGUGCUCAUAUGUUACCAAGUAUGCCACAUUUAACGAGGUAA